AUGUGCUUCUUGGAGUCGCUGCGUGCGCCAACGAGUCGCCAGUACUUUGGAGUCUGUAUGAUGCCCAUCGCCUGGAAGCAAUGGUGGACCGCGCCAACCAACACUGCUCUAGGCCGGGUCGAACCUGCUGCCACCAUGUCUGCCCACCCGUCGUUGGUUGAGUGGAAGAAGCUGCGAUUCGUCAUCAUGGACGCCCCGAAGGCGAACAACUUGCACUUGUAUAUUAGAGAGCUCAAGAAGCAGAAUGUGGUGUGCGUUGUGCGCGUCUGCGAACCGACCUACCCUGCCUCCGAGGUCGAGGCCGCGGGCAUGAAGCUGCUGGAAAUGGAGUACGACGAUGGCGGUGCCCCUCCUGUUGAGAUCAUCAACAAAUGGCUUAAUGUGGUGAAGACCACAUUCCACAACGCUCCCGAUAGCUCGGGGCCCAACGGGUCGGAAGGACCGACCAUCGCCGUUCACUGUGUAGCGGGACUGGGGCGCGCACCGGUGCUGGUAGCCAUCGCUCUUAUCGAGUAUGGAAAGGAUCCAAUCAAGGCGGUAGAAUAUAUUCGCGACAGACGCCGCGGGGCCAUCAACCGCAAGCAGUUGUCGUACUUGGACAGCUACGAGCGAAGGAGCAGUGGCAACAGCUGUUCUUCUUGCGUCGUUAUGUGAAGGAACGUGAACUGUUUGUUCCCUUGGGUGUCUGACACCAAGUUAGGAC